GUAUGGUGACGAAGUUGAUGUUCAUGUCGUUCGACAGUUCUUACGACAGCUUUGACUCCGAUUAACGUUAGAUCUUCGAUGAAAGUGUGACGUGAAAUAUCGUGAAGUAUCGUGCUGAAAUAAUGACUAAAGGUUUGGCGAUAAUGAAUAAAGGUUGAAAGAGGGCUCGUAUGAAAAUGGAAUAUCAACCGACGCCUAGUCCCGCUCGAGUUUUGACAGCGAUAGGUAAUGAUUCUGAAGACCCAUAUCCUAGUCUCUCGGAUUACCACGAUUACGAGCCAAAUUUGGAAUUUGAUGACACCGAACUACAAGCCACUUCUGCCAAUGCCGCAAAGCUUCUUUUGGAAGAAAAUUUGGAUUUGAGUGCAAGUGGAGUUGGUACAGGCCUCGACUACUUAGAGAGUCCAGUAAGUGAUGGUACGAUCGAGGAAAACUUCGAGGAAGCUUUAGUAGAUGCCCCUGUUAUAGAGACUGCUGCUGAUCUCGCCGCUCUCGACGAAGAGCUUGCAGACGAGGAAGAUUACUUAGAUAUUUCAAGAUACGGAAUUGUCGAGGUCGUUGGUGACGAUAGUGCCGGGCGAAAAGUAAUUGUAGUAUCUGCAUGUAAAUUACCUCCUGUCAGCAAAGAAGCUUUUAAUCACGCAAAACUUCUCAGGUAUUUAACACAUACUUUGGACACAUUCGUGGAGCAAGAUUAUAGUUUAGUUUAUUUCCACCAUGGCCUUACGUCGAAAAAUAAACCACCCUUAUCCUGGUUAUGGCAAGCUUAUAAGGCAUUCGACAGGAAGUACAAGAAAAAUUUGAAAGCCCUGUACUUAGUACAUCCGACCAAUUUCAUCAGAAUCGUCUGGCAGAUCUUCAAACCUGCAAUCAGCGCCAAGUUCGGUCGAAAGAUGAUGUAUGUGAAUUAUUUGGAAGAAUUGGCACAGUACAUCAAUCUCGAUCAACUUAUCAUUCCGUCUCAAGUCUUAGAACACGACGAGCAAUUAAUGAUUAAAAACAGAAAGACUUUGCCUCCGAGUCCUGCUCCGAGUGGAAUAGCACCGCCAGUUUGUACAACUCAAUUCGGAGCGAGUCUUCAGUUUAUCAAAGAAAACAACGGUGGCGACCCUAUACCACCGAUCGUACGGCAGUGUGUCGACUUUCUUAGAACUCCAGAAGUAUUGGAAACUGAGGGAAUAUUUAGAAGAUCUGCGAAUGUGGCAGUAGUCAAGGAGCUUCAAACUCGAUGCAAUCAAGGAUUGCCCAUCGAUUUUCACGGGGAUCCACAUAUAGCAGCAGUUCUUCUUAAAACUUUUUUGCGAGAGCUUGACGAACCUCUUAUGACUUACGAUCUCUACGACGAAAUAACCCAAUUUCAGACUCUAGCAAAGGACGAAAGACCUCGAAGAGUGAAAAUCUUAAUUCUGGAGAAACUUCCUCUCGACAAUUAUCAACUGCUGAAAUAUAUCGUGCAGUUCUUGUCGAAGGUGAUGGACAGAUGUGACCUGAAUAAAAUGACAUCGAGCAACUUGGCAGUGGUUUUUGGGCCGAAUUUGGUUCGAGCGCCUCCGUCAAAAGGAAUGUCGCUCUCCGCAAUAGGUCCCAUCAAUCAGUUCAUCGAUUUUGUGUUCACCUAUCAAGAUAAAAUAUUCAUUAUUUAAGAAAGAAAAAAGACUCCCAGUGAUUGUCGGCCUAUUUAUAAAGUAGUCCAGCGAUCCGUUCGAGCUUGGAAGGUAGGAUGGUUCACUCGUUGGAUGAAGUUGAAAACAGGGAGUUAAGUUUAUAAAUCUUAUUUGCUCAUUGUUCAAAGUACAUGAAAAAACUUAUAUUUCGCGUCGGUGCUUGUAAUUAAGGAGACGAAACAAAACAAUCAGUGAAAAAAA